AUGGCAGAACAACACUCUCCUACUACACCGCUACUACACUCACGUUCGAAUGAUUCAUUACAUUCUACUACCAACACUGCGGAACGCCAAGAACUCGGACAAGACCAUGAAACCUCUUCUCUGUUAGAGCAUCAAGAACAACAACCGAGAUAUGUUCAGUAUUUCUCAGACAAUCCAAAUCAACAGCAACAAGCAUAUUAUGCCCAUUCUUUUGCUUCCUCACCAUCUAAUAUUUUUCAAUCGGAUCAAAUUUACGAUGAAUCCACAUCUCUACUCCGACCUGGCUCUCACACACCGUCUCCCACUCGAUCGGUCGAAGCUCGCAUUCACGAUACCCAAGACGUAUCCAAUUCCCUUCCAUUUCCCCCUGAAGUAACAAACCUCCGCCAAGACCACAUUGUCCAAAUCAUUCAUACGGAUAACAACUCUAAUCAUGACACAAACUCAUGUUACGACACUGAUUCGGAUGGAGGAACUAUAAUGGAGAAAAGGUCUAAAGAUGUGUGUUUCCCGAUGAGCAUAGAGUCUAAAGAUAAGAAGGGCAUUGAUUUUGCAGUUUUGGAGGACUAUAUCGAGGAACAAAACGAAAAGAGACUCAGAGAACUGAAAAUACGGAAAAGAAGACGGUGCGAGUCUGUUGGACAAUUAACUGACUUUCCCAGGAGUCUUCGUCAUGUGCCGUAUGUACACAACCACUUUGAUACAGCUCUUCGUUUCACUUUCUAUUCCACAGCAUUUAAAACUGUCCAUGCGCACACUUUAGCCGAGAUUCCACCGCCGGGCAUGACACUGACGCAAUUACUAAUUGCUGGGUGCUGGUGGAUCGAUAUAGUAGACCCAACUGAUGAUGAUAUGCAACUAUUAGGGCGGGCGUUUGGCAUUCAUCCACUGACAAUAGAAGAUAUUCAAACGGAGGAAACGAGAGAAAAGUGCGAGUUGUUCAAAAACUAUUACUUCAUCUGCUUUAGAUAUUUCGAUGAAGACUACCGUUCGCCUACUUACCUUCACCCAUUGAGUAUGUUCAUAGUUGUGAUGAAAGACGGAAUACUGUCGUUCCAUCGUCGACCAUCAUCUCAUCCCACAAAUGUACGUCGGCGUAUCAGGCAAUUGAAGGACUAUAUUACCGUCACUCCAGACUGGAUAAACUAUGCCCUGAUAGAUGAUAUAACAGAUUCGUUUGCACCAAUCAUCCGCUCCAUUGAAUUCGAGGUGGACUCUAUUGAUGAGCUUGUUUUGAUUCUCAAAGAAUCCGAACAAUCUGAUAUGUUAAGGAGAAUUGGACAUUGUCGUAAAAAAGUAAUGUGUUUGUUACGCCUGUUAGGGAACAAACCAGACGUAAUGAAGGGUUUGGUUAAACGAUGUAACGAGCUGAGAUGGGAUGUGGUUAUUAGUAACGAGAUUUUGUUGUAUCUCGGAGAUAUCCAAGACCAUGUUAUAACAAUGGUACAAAACCUCAAUCAUUACGAGAAGAUUCUUUCUCGUUCACAUUCCAAUUACCUUGCACAAAUCUCUAUUGAAAUGACACAAGCAAAUAAUCAGAUUAAUGACGUGCUAUCUAAAUUAACGGCACUCGGAACUAUUCUCGUUCCAAUGAAUUUAGUAACCGGUUUAUGGGGAAUGAAUGUUCCAGUACCGGGGCAAGAGUCGGCAGGAUUAACAUGGUUCUUUUCAAUAUUAAGUGGCAUUGUCAUAUUUUGUCUCUUGGGCGUAAUAGCUGCACAUCGAAUUAACAUCUGGAAAGUGUAUAAUAGGAUACCAAUAUAUCUGUACAUAUUAUUUGUUCUAUUCGAGUUUUGUCCACGAAUAUUUAUUGCUGUAAAGAUAUAUGACUAUGUACGAGAACCGUUACAUCCAGCAGUAGUAGUUGCCAUCAUUGUAGGUAAGCUAGAAGCAUACCUCCUCUGGGGUGACCAUCUUCUCUCUCGCCAGCAGAUAAACAAUCUAGACAACUUUGGUACCGUAUCAACACUAGUAUAUUUCCUCUUUCUGCUAUGUGCGAUUUUUACAAACCUCGCCAUGCUUCAGCAAGACGACAGUUUCAGUCAAAACGUUCAUCAUAAACUGACUUUGCUGCAGACGAGUCUAGCAUGUACCGCUGUUUUAUGUAUUGCGAGAGCCGUAUGGAGAUGGAUAAAAUGGGUGCACAUCACUUUCUGUAGGUGCUGUUUCUUCUGCUGGUGUUGUUAUGACGAAGUCAUGGAGGAUUUGGAAGGACAUGAGAAAUCUGAUUAUACAAAGGUAGAGAAUCAGUCUCCCGCCUAA